GUUUGCCAUGUGCAUACAUUGAAAACUACCUACGGACUAAUAACACACUGCCAAGUCUUGCGGUUGGCAGCGCAGAAUAUAGAAUAUCACUACUCUUUAUCAAAUAGAAGGGUGUGUGUGUGUCUGUGUGUUGACACUCCGAAAAUAAAAUGUGUGCCGCUCCAGGACUGCAAGCGUCUGACAGGCAGACUCGCCCCUUCAACACGGCAAAAAUUGGCAAAAAUUGCUGCACAUUGCAAACGCAAAUGGGGCAUCCCUCCACAUCCAUCAUUGCCGCCCAUUCGUCGAGGAGGCGUGCGCCCACGCUUCGACUCCAGACCGAAAUACCAUUUUGUACAUAGGGAUGUUUCAUACUCCAUUUUCCGGAUUUCUCCUUCUCCGUGACGCCGCGCUUGCAGGUCCGUAAUAUUUUGUCUACGCUCGCAUGCAUUGCGUAUGUUGAUCGUAAGGUCGUGAUAUGGUCAUGUUGUGUGUGUGUGUGUGUGUGUGACACAGAAAGAGAAAAAAAGUGGCCAGGGUGCAAGACCCCAGCAGCCGUGGGCUAGGAGGUGGUACGACUCAGCCAGACCGGGGAGCUCCAGAAGCCUGGGCCUCGGGGCUCACGACCGCUGCAAACCCAAGUUUGGCCGCGCAAAGUCGGUAAAAAUCUUGAGAAAGGACGACUUCUUGGACGGUUGCCGACGAUGCUGGAUCUUAGCGUACUGCACCAUAGGUCCAACAAUAUCGGCUUCCUCGAUUACCGGAAAUUUGGAAGGCUGCUUGGGAUCCUGGAGCGAUGGCAUCUUCUUCAGUGUUUGUGUUUCGGCCAAAGGCUGGAACACGGUCUCCUCACCGCUCGCUUGCGCUUCAGCAUUGGCCAGCUCGUGAUUAUAUCGCCAGAUGCUGUCGAUCUCGGCCCAUUUUUGCUCAGUAAGCUUGUAGAUCUGUGAAGUGACGCCGUAGUUCUCGCUCACGCGAGCAGCCUGUCGCAUAUAUUCAACACGAGCCGUCUCCCAGUCAUCGCGCAAUUGUCGGCAAUGCUGAACAUCACACAAUUCCGGAAGGUAAGGUUCGGGGUAAAUGUUGAAGUUUGCAUGGCCGAGCUUGAUUGCCCAGUAAUCAGUCUCCUCGGCUAUAUUGAGGGCUGGAAUCUCAGAAGCGGUCGGUAGGGUGUGACUGGACCGCAUGUUGAGCGAUGCAGUCGAUGCCUUGGUUGACAGUGGUGGGGUAGGAAAACCAUGCGCGAUUGGACUGGAAACAGGAGUGCUCACCAUGGAUGGUACCACGCUGGGAGGAGCUACUGUGGGGGAUGUCAAAGGGGAUGGCAAGGCCUGCUGCGAAUCGGCAAAGUAGCUCACCAACAUGGGUGGCAGCAGAGGAGUCGUGGCCAGCUCCUGUCGCUCAACAGAAUCUUCCUGGACUUCUGGGAUGCUGAUGUCCAUGGGCUUCGAUGUCACCUGAGAAACGGCUCUUGGCCUGGGAGGACUGAUCGACCGCUCAUGGAUAGGAGCGCGCAAGGCGCCAAGCGGAGGCAUGCUCACAUUUCGAACUUCGUGCGCGUUGGGAGCGGUAGAAGACCUGGUAGCGGGCAAGCGCAAAGAAGACGGUCGGGAGCUGGGGGCGCUUCGAAGCUUGAUUGUCGACGACGAAGCACUCGGUCUAUGGCCACCAAAACGCCUUGAGAAUUGGCGACUGAGGCGUGACGCAAAACUAUCGGCCAAAUUAUCAUUUGAUCUAGGUCGCUUGAUAGCACGUGCUCCGGGAAGAUAGCCGUCAUCGAAAUAGUCAUCGCCAGGGCUCCACUCUGGAGUGACCAGAGGAGCUGGAAAAUCAGGUGAGCCUUCGCGUUGACGAUGAUAGCAUAAAGGUGUAUCGCAGAUGCACAGAGCCUCGGGAGUAGCAUCUUCAGACGCGUCGUUUUGAUCGUCAAGCUCCGAGGGAUCUUCCACCAGAUCGUGUAGCGUCGUCUUCUGCGGAUUGGCUGGCGAGUCCGGGUUCGUGGCCAGGGAAGAUGUUGAGCUUGGAAAACGAGUGUGACCGCGGGUGGAGAAGGUAGGCGUCAGAGGCGAGGAGUUGCUGGACUCUCCAGAGGAAUCGCGCGAAUGAGAAGGUGAAGAUGGAGGAGCCAUAUCGUCCUCGGGCAGCGGAGAGGAAGCAAUUCGGGGAAACGAGAAGGAGCGUAACCGGCUCAUAUUGCGCUUGGUCGCGUCGUGGGGCUAUAAUGUGCAGUCGCGAGGCAUAAUGGGUGUUGUCCAGCGAUCGUUAUGAUUCAUGCAUGCGCGUCGUGAGGAAGUGAGUGGUAUAGGCAGGUAUACAGUAGGCAGGCAGUCGAGGCCCGAGUUCUUGCAGAAAAUGGGUUUCAAGAGAAGUCGCAAUGCGCGCGGUGCUAUUCCCAGGUGUAACGAGCGGUGGCACGACUCGCUCGCUCGCUCGCUCGCUCGAGUGUGCAGUCCGGAAACAAAGGCCAGUCGAUACGGGACAAAUGGUGGUUUGUUGAUGGUCCCAACGGCGGGCGGGACGUUGAUGAUGGUUGUCGUGGCAGCGCGUCGUGUCGAAAAACGCGUAGACGUCGGGAAGAGAAGUGAAGUGAGUGAGAGCGCGAACAGACGGCGGAAGGGCUGGGACACUGGCGCAGACGGGCGACAAAAGCAGCAAAGAGAGACGGAAGCAGGCAGUGUGAUUGGGGUAUUUGGGGAAGCGUGUUGCCAACGGGUGGGCGAUGCUCUGAGUUUGUGGUUAAGGUGCACUAAAAGUGACACUAGGCUGAGUAGGCUGGGAACUCCUUCCGUCAGGCACUGCUGGUCCGCUGGAUGUGUGCCCGUAGUGGAGGUACCUCUAGUGCCCGUUCAGGUCCUGCUAGGCCGAUGCGAGCUAGAGGAAAGGCCGUCGGCUAGAGCUUCUUACCGCUGCAGCCUGCGAGAGCCAAAAGGCAAAAAAGCCAUGCCACCUGCGUCCAGUGCCGUCCACUCGCGCCUUGCCUUGCCUUGCCGUACCUUGCCUUGCUCUGUCUGGCCUGCAUGCUUCGGAAUUCUCUACCACUUGCAGACCCACUCACUCAACUCACUUGAAAAUCUCACGCCCGACGACUACAUAAUAAUGUAUGACACUAUUACUGCGGACGUAGUGAUGACCGUGGGCACACCAACAGGACCAUCAGCUCAGCCCAGCACAGCCCAGCCCAGCUCGUGA